AAGGAGGGGUGAAAGAGAAGUGUGACCGGCGUUCAGCGCAUAUAGGUAGUCGUGAGAGGAGCCAGUCGGUGACGGGUUGUGUCUUUAGUGCUGUAGUGAAGAGUUUGUCGAGCCGCUUGUGUUAAAAAAUGAGCUGGCAGGAUUACGUUGACAAGCAGCUGCUCGCGUCUAGGUGUGUUACCAAAGCUGCGAUCGGUGGACACGAUGGCAAUGUCUGGGCAAAGUCUGAGGGCUUCGAAGUGAGCAAAGAGGAGUUGGCAAAAUUGGUCCAGGGAUUCGACGAUCAGGAUAUUCUGACCUCGUCGGGUGUCACCUUGGCCGGCAACAGGUACAUUUACUUGUCGGGAACGGAUCGAGUGAUAAGGGCAAAACUCGGCAAGGUCGGCGUUCAUUGCAUGAAGACGACGCAAUCCGUAGUUGUCUCCCUGUACGAAGACCCCAUACAGCCACAGCAAGCCGCGUCAGUCGUUGAAAAACUCGGGGACUACCUCCUGGCCUGCGGCUAUUAGAGAGAAAGAGAGAGCGAGAGAGAGAGUGAGCGAGCGAGAGAGCGAUAGAGGAAGAGAGGGAAGACGAUCGGCCGAUUUUCGAUACCUCCGUUCCAUGAUCGACGACUCCCGUUUUUUCGUCAUUUAUCGCGCAUCUAGCUACGCGAGGAGAAGAAAGGUGACGCAUGUGCGCGUGCGAACGAAACGAAUAAACGAGAGCGAGCGAAAGAGACAGUGAAGAAUUUAUACGCGCAAGAUUUCUACCUCUUAAAACGCAAACAGAGAAGCCAACUCUAAGGUCCUAAGACGAAAGAAAGAAGGAAAGAAAGAGGAAUAAAAGCGCGAGCAAGAACGAGAGAGAGAGAAAGAGAGAGAGUGUACGUGCGCGCGAGAUAGAGAAAUGGAUAAAUUUGGUCGGUUAAAAUUAGACGUAACUUUGUAAAGCCGAUAUACUUGCUCUUAAGAUUCUUUUGCAUAUGUCGAGAAAAAAAUGUUUGAAACCGUAACACGAUUAAUGUUUAAGGAAACAAUAAAUUUGUAUAAAGCGGUGUAA